UUCAGUGUUAAAUUGUAGUGUUGAAGAGAAGUUGCUAUCAAGCGAUCGAGUGGACGGACGCCAAACAUUUAUACAGACGGAAAUAUGUCUUCCAAGUUUCUUGAGAACACAAUCUUGAAAAGUUACGUGGACUCAGUUUGCAUGGUGUGUGAAAAUCACCUGAGAAGUGACAGUGAAGUGACGUCACACAUCGCAAAGCCAGUUCAUCAGAAAAACCUAGAUGCCGCCGAAUACGUGGAAAAGUAUAAAGACGAGAAAAUACUAAAGGUGAACAAAGGUUACUUCUGCACUUUCUGCGGUCUGCUUCUGUCCACCGUCACUAAAGCAGGUUUUCACGUGAAGGAGAAGCAGCAUACUCGCAACAAAGCAGUCCAACUGAUAAAGAGAGACGGCUGCUACGUCGUGGCUUACGACAGUCUGCUCAUUGAUUACGACGUAUGGAGUGGUUUUACUGGAAAUGCGUGCGCUGUAUGCAACGUUGAUGUAACUAACAGGAAUCUCCACAAAUCAGAUUUUACUCACAUUCUGAAUUUGGUUCAGAGUUGUGUUGAGUUUGGAGACUUGCAACAAAUCUAUCGCAAGGUAGACGAGAGCUCAUUCCAUUGCAUAACUUGUAAUGAAAUUUAUCCUUAUCAUGAUCUCGAUAACCAUUUCAAAGAGGCUGUACAUUCCAUGAGAUUGACAAAAUGUAAGGAUGCUUUUUUAAACUAUAAAUCUGAAGGAACAAACGGCGACCAGAUUAAUAAAAAUGCUAAAUUCGAGAACGUGGUCGUGGAAACAAAAUCAAUUAAUUCAAGUUAUGAAGAAAACAAAUUGUUUAUAUUAGAUUCAAUUCCUAUAUAUGAGAAAAAUGAAGUUGACAUUAACAUUGAAAAUGAAACAGCAUUCUGUAAAAAAUGCUUCGAAAAUGUUGACUUCGAUCCCGUAUCUAUAUCGAAUCACAUAAAAAAACACGAAAGUUCGAUUGAGGAAUUUAACAAACAAACGAAUGGUAAAAUUUUGCCAAUUGCUUCUGCUGCUUCAAAUAAACAAGCUAUAGACGGAAAAAAGGUCGAUGAUGACGAAAUGCCUACUGUAUCAGAUCCUCUUGUAUUUGCUAAGGAAAACAUGUUGACUUAUGAUGCAGCUAGUAACAACGCUUACUGUCGGGUAUGUGAUGUGAGGCUACCUGCUUCACUUGCUUCCAUGAAGGAGCAUGUCUCCGGCAGUGUACAUAGAAAACUGUCUGCAAAUAAAUUAAAGGAAUCUAAAUUCAAAUCCAAAAAGCAAGCUCCUUAUCGCAAAACCCCAAUGAAAGACUUCGUGGAAGAAUUAUGCACCAUUAGACAUUUUAAUGGGCAUGAGCGCAUUGUGAAUGAUCAAUAUUGUAUAAGUCAAUAUAGUUUCCUCUUAAUCACCAAUAAUGGACAAUCGCUGCGUUGUCAGGCUUGCGAGGUGAACUUGACCCCUUACCAAGUCGAUACGCACCAAGAAUCAUUUGGCCACAAUGAGGCGAUGGGUGAAGUGUCCGUCAUCACGUCAUUGGACCGUACGGAGUUCGUGAGAGAGGUCCGUACUGGCAUAUUUCACUGUGGUUACUGCAACCUCGUGAUCGCACCUUGGGAUGAUCUUCAGAACCAUUUGAAAAGCCGAGAACACAAGAAUGUAAAAGAAUACUUCCUAAAAAGACUGACCAUUGUCGAGCCUGAAUUGAGACAGCUAAGGGUACGCCGAUUUCUGGAUCAGACACGAGCAAGAAUCUUCGGAUUUCCUUUUGGCCUUUAAAAUUGAAACAGAUUUAUUCGUAACCUAAUAAUGAAACUAACUUAAAAUGGCGUCGCAAUACAUUCUGUCCUUCUCGCACAAUAUUCCCGACAGUAGGAGCAAAAGGGACAUCAAAUUUGAGUUGCCUUUUUAGAUUGGGUUCUAUAUAGGCGCGUAUUAACCUCCCGCCGUGUUGAACCUUGAUUGUAAGUUGAUUAUGGUGAGUGGAUACCACAUUUAUUAUAUUUCAUUUUAAGUACAUCGAUGACAAAAUUACCUAUAAAGAUUGUGUUUUUACGUUAUACAUUUAAGUAAUUUUUUGUAUAAGUACUACAUUUAGUAAUUUUUUGUAUUCUACAUUUUGUGGGUGAACGGCGCCAUCUUAAGAUGGCUUUCUUUCUUUCCCUUAAGAAAGUUUUUAUGUGGCAGACAAUAAUAGAUUAAUAAAAAAAAGGUUGAAUAUGCGCAGUCAUUUCGGCUGUUAUAAAUUGAUGAAGCUUGAGAAGGCAAUGCACCCAUGAGCUCGGUCGGUUCUGGCACGAUUCAUUCUUUAAAACAAAAAUUGACGAGACUGGCUUAUGUCAAAGAGAAUCAUGCCAGAAUCUAGCUCACCUCUUGCUGAGGUGAGGACAGCAUUUAUUGAUUGAGAGUACGACUGGCGAAAUUAUCACACUUUUACUUUGAUUCAAUUAUAGCAUUGUAAAAUAGUACAGACAGCCAGGUUCAGUUAUAGGUAGAGCCACGUUGACAUGCUCAAAGUAAACUUUGACAAAAUAGCUUUUACAAAAAGUUGAGUAUUUAAUGCCGACGUUAAAAUGCGCUUUAAUUGUUAGUUUACAGUGUAAACUUUACACGAUCAAAGUAACCUCAAAACAGCUAUUUUUGAUAACUACUUUGACGAAACUUUCAUCGCGUAAAAUAGUAAUCACAGCGCACUUUGAUGUUGGCGUGUGAUGUGUACCUAGCUGACAAGGAUUUUUAAGGAAGAAACUCUUUUCGAUGCUGCAUUUUUACCCAUACAUUUGUCUUCGCCAAGACAAAUGUAUGGGUCUAUUUAUAAUUAAAUUUUAUAAGCGAUUUAUUCAAUCAAGUAUGAUUAAAUGUAUAAUGGUUGACCUUUUCUGUGGACAUAAAGACA